AGCGCUUACCCUCCGUGGUUCCUUAUUACUUUCUAAUCUCCAGGAUUUGAAUUCGCUGCCAUGUCUUCUGAAGAAGGGAAGCUCUUCGUCGGUGGGCUCAAUUUCAAUACAGACGAGCAGGCACUGGAAGACCACUUCAGCAGCUUUGGCCCUAUUUCUGAGGUGGUUGUUGUCAAGGACCGGGAAACUCAGCGAUCCCGGGGUUUUGGCUUCAUCACCUUUACCAAUCCAGAGCAUGCCUCAGAUGCCAUGAGAGCCAUGAAUGGAGAGUCCCUGGAUGGUCGCCAGAUCCGUGUGGACCAUGCAGGCAAAUCUGCCCGGGGCACCAGAGGAGGAGGUGCUUUUGGGGCCCAUGGACGUGGUCGCAGUUACUCUAGAGGUGGUGGGGACCAAGGCUAUGGGAGUGGCAGGUAUGACAGUCGACCUGGAGGAUAUGGAUUUGGUUAUGGGCGAUCCAGAGACUAUAGUGGCAGAAGCCAGGGAGGCUAUGACCGAUACUCGGGAGGGAAUUACAGAGACAAUUAUGACAACUGAGCGGCUUGUAGACAUGACAUGCACAAGGAA